UUGUGAACCAAAUCCAAAAAAAAAAAAAAAAAAACUCAGUAGCAGUAGUGCAUGAGCUAAAGAAACAAGACGAUUCUGCUUCAAAGUUUUUGUCUUUCUUCUUCCUCAGCUCUGUCGGCAUUUUCAUUCCGCUGAUUCCCUUCGGUUCAAGCUUGUCUCUUCUCUCUUUGCUACUUGCAUUUCGUUUGAUUGGGGUUGUUGGGUUUCUGCAAAAAACUGUAGCUUUGAGGGAACCUUUUUUAAGUCAAGGAUGAGGAUUUUGUUACUACUUCUGUCCAUGUUUUUCCUGUCUGCAAUGGGGCAACUUCCUUCACAGGACAUCAUGGCACUGCUUGAAUUCAAGAAAGGAAUCAAACAUGACCCUACAGGGUUUGUCCUCAACUCCUGGAACGAUGAGUCCAUCGACUUCAACGGCUGUCCUUCUUCCUGGAACGGUAUCGUCUGCAACGGUGGUAAUGUAGCUGCUGUUGUUUUGGACAGUGUGGGUUUGUCUGCAGAUGCUGAUUUCAGUUUGUUCUCUAACUUGACAAUGCUCGUCAAACUCUCCAUGGCUAACAACUCCAUUUCCGGUGUCUUACCAAGUAACUUAGGCGGUUUCAAAAGUCUCCAGUUCCUGGAUUUGUCUGAUAACCUCUUCUCUUCUUCGCUGCCUAAAGAGUUUGGUGGGUCAGUGAGCUUGAAGAAUCUUUCUUUAGCUGGUAACAACUUCUCUGGUGAGGUUCCGGAGUCUAUGGGUGAGUUGGUUUCGCUUCAGUCGUUGGAUAUGAGCCGUAACUCCUUAUCUGGACCUUUGCCAAAGUCCCUGACAAGGCUGAACGAGCUGCUUUACUUGAAUCUGUCUUCUAACGGAUUUACCGGGAAAAUCCCAAGGGGCUUUGAGUUGAUUUCGAGUCUUCAAGUGCUUGACUUGCAUGCUAACUCGUUUGAUGGUAAUCUUGACGGAGAGUUUUUCAUUUUAACGAAUGCGAGCUAUGUGGAUUUCAGUGGGAACAGAUUGGUGACAACGUCUGGGAAGCUGGUGCCUGGUGUUUCUGAGAGCAUCAAUCACUUAAACCUCAGCCACAAUCAGCUCGAAGGUUCGUUGACUAGUGGGUUUCAGUUGUUUCAGAACUUGAAAGUCUUGGAUCUUAGCUACAACGAGUUAUCCGGAGAGUUGCCUGGUUUUAAUUAUGUCUAUGAUCUUCAAGUGCUCAAGCUUAGCAACAACAGAUUCUCAGGUUCACUUCCCAAUAACUUGUUGAAAGGUGACUCUUUGCUUUUAGCAACGCUGGAUUUGAGUGGCAACAAUCUCUCAGGGGGAGUAAGUGAUAUCAUGUCAACAACUCUUCACAGCCUUGAUCUUUCUUCAAAUUCACUCACAGGAGAGCUUCCUCUCUUGACUGGAAGCUGCGUCUUGCUUGAUCUCUCAAACAACCAGUUUGAAGGAAACUUGACAAGAUGGUCAAAAUGGGAGAAUGUUGAGUAUCUUGAUCUCAGCCAGAACCGUUUCACUGGGUCGUUUCCAGAUGUCUCACCUCAGCUUCUCCGAGCAAAUCAUCUUAACCUUUCCUUCAAUAAGCUCACAGGCUCACUUCCAGAACGGAUCCCAACCCAUUAUCCGAAACUCCGUGUUCUCGAUAUAAGUUCCAACAGCUUGGAAGGGCCACUCCCAAGUGCAUUACUAUCCAUGCCCACCUUGGAAGAAAUCCACCUUCAAAACAAUGGGAUGUUAGGUAACAUAGGACCCCUCCUGCCUUCUUCUGGUUCCAGAAUACGUCUUCUUGACCUCUCCCACAACCGGUUUGAUGGUAAUCUUCCUGGUGUUUUGGGAGCUUUGACCAGUCUCCAAGUGCUGAAUCUCGCAGCAAAUAGUUUGUCUGGAUCUUUGCCAGACUCCAUGGUCUCUCUAAGCUCACUAGACGUGUCCCAAAAUCAUUUCACUGGACCACUCCCCAGCAACUUAUCUACAAGUCUUAUGGCCUUUAAUGUUUCAUACAACGAUCUAUCAGGGACUGUGCCAGAGAAUCUGAGGAACUUCCCACCAUCUUCCUUUUAUCCUGGAAACAGCAAGCUCAUCUUCCCUGCUGGAUCCCUUGGUUCAAAUGCAUCAGAAGCUUCCAAGAGGAAGAAGCCAAGGAACUUACUUAUUAAGGUUGUGAUAAUAGUUUCCUGCGCCGUUGCUCUUGUAAUCCUCAUCCUUGUGGCUAUCCUCCUAUUUUGCAUCUGCAAAUCAAGAAGACAGCAAGAGCGUUGUGGUGUCACAGGUAAAGAUAUUAAUAGGACAAUCCCCUCAGGCAGUGGAGGUAGUAUGGUUAUCUCUGCUGAGGAUCUCGCCGCUUCAAGAAAAGGCUCCUCAUCUCCAGAUGAAAAGCUAGUAGCUGUUGCAACGGGCUUCUCUCCUUCAAAGACGAGUAAUCUGUCAUGGUCGUCACCUGGCUCAGGAGACUCAUUCCCAGCUGAUCAACAACUAGCACGGCUUGAUGUUAGGUCACCGGACAGACUUGUGGGAGAGCUGCAGUUUCUGGAUGAUUCUAUCAAACUGACUCCAGAGGAGUUGUCUAGGGCACCAGCUGAAGUACUGGGAAGAAGUAGCCACGGGACUUCUUACAAGGCAACGCUUGAUAGAGGAGUGUUUCUAACCGUGAAGUGGCUAAGAGAAGGCGUUGCAAAGCAGAGAAAGGAGUUUGCUAAAGAAGUGAAGAAGUUUGCAAACAUUAGACAUCCUAAUGUUGUGACACUACGAGGAUACUAUUGGGGUCCUACUCAACACGAGAAGCUUAUUCUUUCUGAUUAUAUAUCUCCUGGAAGCCUCGCUAGCUUCCUUUACGAUCGACCAGGGAAGAGAGGUCCUCCUUUAGCUUGGAUCCAACGGCUAAAAGUUGCAGUAGAUGUGGCACGUGGUCUAAACUACCUCCAUUUUGACAGAGCUGUCCCACAUGGUAACCUCAAGGCGACAAACAUACUCUUGGACGGAGCAGAGCUAAACGCGCGCGUUGCAGAUUACUGCCUCCACCGUCUCAUGACACAAGCAGGCACAGUGGAACAGAUUGUAGACGCAGGCAUCCUCGGUUACCGAGCUCCUGAGCUAGCUGCUUCGAGGAAACCGUUGCCUUCGUUCAAAUCAGAUGUCUAUGCAUUUGGUGUGAUACUUCUUGAGAUCUUAACAGGGAGAUGUGCUGGAGAUGUGAUCACAGGUGAACACGAAGGUGUUGAUCUGACGGAUUGGGUUAGGUUACGUGUUGCUGAAGGUCGUGGUGCGGAAUGCUUUGACUCGGUGUUGGCUCAGGAGAUGGGAAGUGAUCCUGUUACAGAGAAAGGCACGAAAGAAGUUCUUGGGAUUGCCUUGAGGUGUAUAAGAUCGGUGUCUGAGAGACCUGGUAUCAAGACCAUUUAUGAAGACCUGUCUUCGAUUUAGUAAGAAUGUUUUUUUGUAGGUUGAGAUUCCAAUGGAGUUUGUUUCUCCUUUGUCAAGUGGUAUGCUUUUGUUUCUGAAGAAGCAUGUUCUUGGUUUAAGGUUUUGUGUUGUGUGUCUGCUUCUGUUAGUUUUUUUUUCUUUUUGUAACAUUUUUUAGCUGUAAAAAAAUUGAAAUCUGCUCA